AUGUGGGAUCAAGCUAACAAGAGGUUUUCUUGGUUCACCAAGAAUGUAGGGACGAAAAGAACUGGCAAUAUUAUCAAAAGUAAGUUGAUAUUAAGUUUUUAACAUUGUUUAGUCCAAAAAAGUGGGUUGAUACCUCCAAAGUUGGUAGCCGAGAACAGCGUACCAAAGUUUUAUCGGGAGUUGAUAGUACAAUGUGGGGCUGAGACUUUGAACAAGAGUCCUAUUAACGAUGAAGUUAUGCUGUUGAUGUGGAGAACAGGACUUCCUGAAACUGUUCUUCAAGCAAUUUGGGAGUCUGUUAGUCCGUCGAAUUCCGACCAACUGAGUAGGCAAGAGUUCUAUUCUUGCUUAGUUUUGGUAGCUUUGGCACAGGUUAGUAUUUAAUUUUUAAUGUCAAAGAUAAUAAUAUUUUGUUUUUUUUUCAUUUUUCAGGUAUGACUUUAUGUUAGUAAAUAAUUUAUUUUUUUAGAGGAAUUUGACUAUCGCGGACUUGAGUGCGAUGAAAACAUUGCCAAUUCCAACAAUAUCUUCAGUAAAACCGAAGAAUGUGAAGAUGAACUUUAAAACGAAUGACAGUAAGACAAAGCCAAAUGCUCAUCUUCUGAAAACAGUGCAUCCGUUGUUCACGGAACAGAAAGUUGUCGUAGAUGGUGAUUUGAUUGUGUUUAACAAGAAUUCAACAGAGAAAAGUAGGUUUUUUCAUUUACAUAAUAAACGUUUUAUUAAUAUAUUAAUUUAAUUUUCUUUAGCAUCUGAUCUUGAAUUAUAUCCUUCAGUACGUCCUAGCAUGGAGGAGGUUUCCAAUUUUCACGUAGGUUAAUUCUUUUUUAACCAACUUUUUCACUUUGUUAGGCAAUUUCGUGGUUUUAUUAGGGUUUACAAUAUUUUUUAAAAAAAUUUGUUUAAUGAUUUCAAAGUACGUAUUGUAUUAUGCAAGAGUUACGCACAUACUUUGGACAAUUAGAUAACUUUGUUUUAGGAGAGCUUAGUGCCUUAUUGGGAGAGGUUACUAGAAGCAGCAUCGAAUCCGUUUUGUUUAGUGAAACAAACAAACUCAGCUGCCGUUGAAGCCUUGAAAACGGAAAAAGGAUUCAACUUUCUGAAGGCACUCUGUGAAAUACAAAAGAUUGUCAGAAGUGUGCACAAGAAUGCCAGUUCUCUAAAAACUACGAAUACCGAGUUAAUUGCCAAUUGCGAGAUCCUUUUUGCUGUUUGGACUAACUUAUUAAGCAUUUUGGAAGAGGAGAACAUACUAUUGGACCUGCCCGACGAGUUUGAGAAGACUGGCCACAUGUGUAAUAUCUGCGGAGAGUGGACAAGUGUUAACAACACUCACUUUGACAAAGAUACUGAGCUUAGUUACCACAUUCCGUGUGUUAACUUAUGGUUGAACUUGCUUGAUGACAAGUUACCACAAUUUUAA